AUGCACUACCAUGGGGACUGCUACAACCACCUCUGCCUGCCCGGCUCGGCCUGCAUCACGGAGACCAUCCAGCGCCGGCCCGACGCCUGCAGCACCACCUGCCACCCCCUCAGCGUCACCAAGAGCCCCGUGCCCAGGUGGCAGAGCUGCCCCCAGCCCUUCACCUCCGUGUGCCCACAGCUGAGCGCCAGCCAGGCAGCCCUGCUCUCCUGCCAGCCCUACCUCCAGAAGUGCGUGGUGCUCUCCCCCGAGCCCUGCGACACCGCCAAGCUCCUACCCUGCGGGCAGCCCAGCCUGAAGCUGAGCCCCCUGCAGAGCUUCCAGCCCUGUGAGAGCAACCCCCCCGCGAAGAAGAGGGUGGCCAAGAGCCUCCCCCCUUGCGCCCCCAGGUGCCCAGAGCCCAGCAAGCUCAAGUUCCCACCGUGUGGGAUCAGGUCCUCCUCCUCCUCCUGCAAGGUCGGCUGCCGGUCGCGGAAGGUCUCCAAGUGCUCCGCGCAGCGCUGCGCCUCGGGGGCGCUGCGGUCCCUGCAGACCAGCGGCUACUCCCAGCCCCUGCGGGGGGUCACCGAGUGCCCCCCGCAGGAGUGCGCCGCCCACUCCUUCCUGGGGGAGUACGUCAAAGGCUUCCCCUACCAGAAGUGCAUGAAGGGCUACCCCACCCAGGAGUACUUCACCUGUACCACCUACUCCUCGCAGCCCUGCCUCGCCAAGUCCCCGCCGCGGCCGCAGCCCCUCCCCUGCCCCCCGGGCCAGGGGGCCAAGGAGCGCUCCUCGCAGCAGCAGCAGGCGGCGGCCAAGCCCUCGCCGGCUCGGGAGGGAGCCAAGCACAGGAGCUGCUCCGCUCAGCCCCUCGGCAAGUCCAAGAGCAUCCAGCACUCGGCGCAGCCCCAGGGAGGCGCAGCCAAGCGCUCCGGACACAAGAAGAGUCGCUGCACCUCCCGGUGGCUGUGGUGA